AUGGAUAUUUCAUGUUAUACACACACAUCUAUCUAUCUAUCUAUCUCUAUCUAUCUAUCUAUCUAUCUAUCUAUCUAUCUAUCUAUCUAUAUUAAAUCGAUAUUUAAUUCGUUUGUCACUUUAGUUAUCUUCCCUUCCACAUCAGGAAACGUUCGAUUUGCCAACGUAGUGCACUCGAUGGCGUCUCUCUUUCUUUCACAAGUCCCAAGGCUUGACAGUUUGGAAAUGCGGACCCCACUGGCCAGCAAUAAAAUCAAACUUUCAGCUAUUCUGCUUUCUUUCAAUCUUUCUUUCCUUUUCUCCCUUUUGGUUCAAAUCUCACCGAUUCUUUUCUUUCCUAUUAUAUAUCAGCUUCUUUUCUUCUUUCACUUUUCCCAGUUUCUCUUUGUCUUUUAUAAAUCUCUUUACUGUGUUUCUCUUUCCUUUCAAUUAACUCACUCUUACUUCGACUUACUUUCUUUUCCCAGUUUCCUUAUCCCUGAUUGUUUCUCUCUCUCUCUUUCACUUUCUUAA